AUGGAUCAACAAAUCAAAAAAGUAUUUCAUACAGCUUUGGUGUUAGUUCCUCCAAAGCAUUGUAUAGAUUAAAUAUAACUAUUAAGAAAACAACAUGAUAAAGCAUAUGAUAGAUGGAUGCCUCAUGUCAAUUUAUGUUUUCCAUUUGUAGAUCCUGCAUAAUUUGAAUAAGUAUUUUAAGUUCUUUAGAAUCAUUUAAGUAAGAAAUUAUAAUAUUUGUAAAUUAGAGGAUUUUCCAUCUUUUUAAGUUCGAUUAAGAGAAUUUAACCAUUUUCAACAUGGAAAAAAUUGUGUAAUGUGGUUAAAACCUGAAUCUGAAAAUGAUGGAAUCUAAAAGUUAUAUCAAGAAAUUUUAAAAGUCUAUCCUUAAUUGGAUGAUUUAAAUAAAAAAUCAGAGCAUGGAUUUCAACCUCAUAUAACUGUUGGAUAAUUCGGAAUAAAUUAGAUUGAAUAAAGAAAGAAAGCAUUCCAACCAUAAUUUCAUGAAGUUCAAUUUUAAUGUUAAGAGAUACAUAUGAUUAGCAGAAAUGGAUAAGAUGAUCCAUUUUCAAUAAUUCAUACUAUUAAGUAAGAAUAUGGUUUAAUUAUUUAGAUUUAAGACUGAUAACCCAUAAGCUUAUGAAUAUCCAGGUUAAAAAUGA